AUUGAAUUGUGUAGCCUGUAUUGCCAAGUCUCAGUCAUCAUUGUGAUUAAGACAUUUUUUUUAUUUUUUUGUUGAUGAUGUUUAAUAAAUAUUCCACAUUGCUAUAAUUGUUGCAGCAUAUUUUUGGUGCAUGCAACAGAGUGCAUAAUAUCUGCUGAAUUCUAAUAGCACUGCGUCUAUUUUCUCCCCCAGACACACACUUGAUAAUAUUUAUAGUAAACCAGCAUCACGAUGUGUGUACAUACACAACACAACACAACACAACACAACACAGCCCUUCCUCUGUUUCCUAAACUCAGACUGCAUCCUCUGCUGAAGAAUGACCGUAUGCUCAGCUCACAGGAACAUGAGGAAAAGUCUGAUACAGGUGUUUGGAUUCUUGAUUUCUACUUUUGGCUGGCUGUUUGUGAGCUGCACGCUAGCCAUGGACUACUGGCGAAUCUUCUAUGUAGGCGGCAAAGGCGGCAACUGGAUGAUCAAGGGGACGUGGUACUGGUCGAACCUGUGGAAGGACUGUGUGGUGGACACCUCGUCCGUCACUAACUGCAGAGACUACGAUGUGCUGUGGGCCGUCACACCGUAUGUUCAGGGGGUCCGAGGCCUGCUUCUGAUCGGCAUGAGUCUGGGGCUUGUGGCGGCUGUGCUCUGCUUUAUUGGGAUGGACUGCACAUACAUCGGUGGAAGUGAGAAAAACAAAGACAGAAUAUUAUUUUUCGGAGCAGCUUUUCAUUUUGUUGGUGGUGUGUCGGCGCUUGCGGCGUAUUGUUUAUACACAAACAGGGUCGUCAGCACUGCCUUAUCACCCGCUGUUGACAGAAGUGUUAUGAGGUAUGGGUUAGGAACUCCAAUUUUCUUUGGAUUGAUUGGAAGUUUCUUUAUAAUUCUUGGAUCUGUAUUAUAUGCUGUGACAAUCAUCGCGAACAGUAAGUUGACAGUAUUUGGCAGGAAAGCAGACGGCCCUCCAUCGGCGAGUAAAGCCCUGUACACGUCUGAAUACUACACCCCGUCCAGACCAUCUGUCCAUCUCAGCCAGUCCAGCGGCUCUCGGGUCACCAGGGAGAACAUAGCUCCCAGAGACACAUUCGUGUGAACUUUACAAAAGCUCUGUAACAUUGCAAUCAAGUCUGUUCUGCGAAAUCUCAAUUUAUUUUUCAAAUGUAGUAUUAUAAUAAAAAAGUAAAUUCAUGGCUCCACUGGCUUCAGUGAUUUCAGUCAUUGAUC